AUGGCGGCGUCCAAACGCACAAGCAGCACAGGCGGCAGUCGCGGGGCCGGGGCUAUGGGUCAGCCCAGGCAGCUGCCUGGGUCCGCGUGCGAGGAAUGUAGAAAGCGGAAGCUGCGAUGUGACCGGCAGCGCCCGCAGUGCGGAAAGUGUGCCGACGCUGGCAUUGUGUGUGAAAUCAACAACAAUCGUCUGGCCAGGGGCCCCAAGAAGGGCGACCUCAAAGCGCUUCGGAGUCGGAUCGGUGAGUUACAAACCGGACUUUCUCCCGACCGGCCCGCUACUUCAUGGCCCGGCAUUGUCAAAUUGGCCCUGGAGCGCCGCCUGAGCCUCGACCACGGCGACGCGGCCCUGUCGAUUCUCGUUGGAGACCCUGCCACGACGACGACAGACACAACUGCUGCGACUGAGAGCCCGACUACCACGUCCGGGUUGGAGGGCAACUCCACUGCACUCGUGUCGCCGUGCCAGACCCAGCCGGUCUGGGAGGGCACCGAAGUACAUGUCCAAGUACCUCCCAUGACCCCAACGAGCGGCCCCAUGGGUCUUCCGGCUUUCAAGCUCCCUCCCACACCACCGUCGCCACCCAAGAGCACCUUUGUUGACGACCUAAUGCGUGCGGAUCUAGAUCAGUUGUAUUUUGACCGGGUACACCCCAACAUCCCCAUCUUCAACCACUCCCGCUAUUUCUCCCGGGCGCGACAGACAAGCUGGGCCAACGGGCCAAACUAUAUGCUCUGCCUCCAACACGCCAUGUGGACCCUCGCCAUGGCGCUCUCCUCGCAGUUCGAAAGUUCUCGCGAGACGCUCUACACCGAGACGAGACAGAUGCUCGAGGCGCUCGACAUGGCCGACGACGAUUUGCACCCCGUGCGCAUCGAGCAGGUGCAGGCCUGGCUUCUCAUCGCCUUCUACGAGCUCGCGCGCUCCAGCUACCGCCGAGCUUCGAUCAGCGCUGGACGGGCAUUCCGGCUCGUCCAGCUCGCACGGCUUCAUGAAGUCGACAGCCCGGGAAACGCGGCCGAGGACGAAGAAGACCGGGUGGUCAAAGAAGAGAGAAGAAGGACCUUCUGGGUGGCAUACUGCCUCGAUCGUCUUAUAUCUAUGAGAAGUCGCUGCCCCUUGACUCUCACGGAGGAAGUGCUCUGUACCCGGCUUCCAUCCCCGGAGCUGGCCUUCCAAAGCGGCCAGCCCAUUCCGGGGUGCUUCCUGUCAGAGGCGAUCACGUCGGGCGACCACAACUUCUUAUCGCCGCUGGCUGAGGCCGUGCUGCUAGUCACCAUUUGCGGUCGCGCCCUCUCACACGCCCAGGUCUCAAGCGUGGAGCAGGCAUUUGGCAGCCCAUCGCUUGACUUCUGGCUCCGGCACGAGUGGCUUGACAGUAUGUUGAUGAGGUCACUCGACUGCCUGACCGUGAACACCUCCGUAGUGUCGGCGAUGGUGGACCCCAUGCUGCUGUUCGCGUUCAUGAUGGCACACGCAACGACAAUAUUUAUGGGCCAGAUCGCCCAAGCAUCGGGCAUGGACAGUCACAGCCGCGCCGCCGCCGUGGAGUACCAGCAUCGCGCCACGCGCGCUGCACGGGAGAUUGCCGGGCUCGCGAAAGCACAUGAGCGCAUUGGUUUCUUCAAGGCCCACACGUUCCUGCCGUUAGCCGUCUUCCUUGGCGCGUCGCAGCUGGCGGCAGAUAGGAAGCGGAGGUUGGACACCUUCCAGGACGCAGAGCACGACUCGUCACUCGACGGCGAGCUGCAAUCUUGUCUGGAUGCUCUGAGGAAGAUGCAGAGCUUUAAUAACUUGGCGAGGGAACAUUUAGCUGUGUUGGAGUCUCUGGAGUUUGGGUUCGGCGGUUUGUAA